UUUCUUUUGGUCUUUCCAAUUCCAAUCCACCCUUUUUUUAUCAAACAAAUUAUUCGUUUCUACGAUUAAUUAUAAAAAAAUCCAAAAAAAAAAUCCAACCAUGUCUGCCGCUGACGCCAACCAACUCCAAGAAUCGUUGGAAAAGUUGAACCUCGAUUCUGCUCCAGCCGCCGCUGAAGAAGAAGCUGUUGCUGCUGAAUCUGCUCCAGCCGGUGAAGAAGGCGCUGACUCUGCCAACGUUGCUGAGAGCACUGCCUCUUUGUAUGUUGGAGAAUUGAACACCUCUGUCAACGAAGCUACGUUAUUCGAGAUCUUCUCUCCUAUUGGCCAGGUUUCGUCUAUCAGAGUCUGUAGAGAUGCUGUUUCGAAGAAGUCUUUGGGUUACGCCUACGUCAACUACCACAAGAUGGAAGACGGAGAAAAGGCUAUCGAAGAAUUGAACUACAGCCCAAUUGAAGGCCGUCCUUGUCGUAUCAUGUGGUCUCAGAGAGACCCUUCUGCCAGAAGAUCAGGUGACGGCAACAUUUUCAUCAAGAACUUGCACCCUGCCAUCGACAACAAGGCUUUACACGACACCUUUUCCACUUUCGGUAAGAUCUUGUCGUGUAAGGUCGCCACUGACGACAUGGGUCAGUCCAAGUGCUUCGGUUUUGUUCACUACGAGACUGCCGAAGCCGCAGAAGCCGCCAUCGAAAACGUUAACGGCAUGUUGUUGAACGACCGUGAAGUCUUUGUUGGUAAGCACAUCUCCAAGAAGGACCGUGAAUCCAAGUUUGAGGAAAUCAAGGCCAACUUCACCAACAUCUAUGUCAAGAACAUUGACUUGGAAUACUCUGAAGAGGAUUUGAAGAAGUUGUUCACUCCAUACGGUGCUAUCACUUCCAUCUACUUGGAAAAGGACGCCGAAGGUAAGUCUAAGGGUUUCGGUUUCGUCAACUACGAGGGUCACGAAGCCGCUGUCAAGGCUGUCGAAGAGUUGAACGACAAGGAAAUCAAUGGUCAAAAGAUCUACGUUGGUAGAGCUCAAAAGAAGAGAGAAAGAAUGGAAGAGUUGAAGAAGCAGUACGAAAACACCAGAUUGGAAAAGUUGUCCAAGUACCAAGGUGUCAACUUGUUCAUCAAGAACUUGGACGAUACUAUCGACUCCGAAAAGUUGGAAGAAGAAUUCAAGCCUUUCGGAACCAUCACCUCUGCUAGAGUUAUGGUCGAUGAAACUGGUAAGUCCAAGGGUUUCGGUUUCGUUUGUUUCUCGUCCCCAGAAGAAGCCACCAAGGCUAUCACCGAAAUGAACCAAAGAAUGUUCUUUGGCAAGCCAUUGUACGUCGCCUUGGCUCAACGUAAGGAUGUCAGACGUUCUCAAUUAGAACAACAGAUCCAAGCCCGUAACCAGAUGAGAAUGCAAAAUGCUGCUGCUACCGGUGGAAUCCCAGGUCAAUUCAUUCCUCCAAUGUUCUAUGGCCAACAAGGUUUCUUCCCACCUAACGGUAGAGGUAACGCUCCUUUCCCAGGUCCAAACCCACAGAUGAUCAUGAGAAGAGGUCAACCAUUCGGUGGUCCAGAACAAUGGCCAAGACCAGGUCCUAACGGCCAACCAGUCCCAGUUUACGGUAUCCCACCACAAGCUUACUCUGACUUCAACGGUCAAAACAUCCGUCAACAAAGAGGCUACUACCCUAACCGUAACCAGAACAAGGGCCGUCAACAAAGAGACUUGGCUGCUAUCAUUGCCUCUGCUCCUCCUGACCAACAAAAGAGAAUCUUAGGUGAAGAAUUGUACCCUAAGAUUGUUGCUACCGGCAAGGCUCAAGAACCAGAAGCCGCUGGUAAGAUUACCGGUAUGAUGUUGGACUUGGACAACCAAGAGAUCUUAGCUUUGUUGGAAGACGACGAGUUGUUCACCAACCACUUUGAAGAUGCUUUGACUGCUUUCGAGGAAUACAAGAACUCGGAAGCUGCUGCUCCUGUUGCUCCAGCUGCUCCAGCUGAGCCACAAGCUUAAAUUUCUACUCACAGAUUCUUGAAUGAUUUGGAACAGCUCAACCUAAGCGAAGACAACUAACAAAAAAAUAUUGAUCGGAAGGAAUAGAAGAAAUGGACGGUGGUGUCAUUGUCGUUUUUUUCUGAAGUAUUCGUCAAGGAUGAAUGUUUCAGUGUAUUCUAUUUUCUAAGUAUGUAAUGUAAUAGUUUUUUGGUAAAUGGGUUAAUGGAUUUAUUAUAUACAAACAAGAAAAAAAUAUGAAAAAGAUAUAAUAUUUU